UGUAGCUUACUUCCUGUGAAUCCCAAACACGUGUGCAGCGCUGCAGUCUGUAGCUGUAGGCUGUGUGUACGAAGCUGGUGGUUUAGCUAUUGCUAGCUACUGUAACAAUAAUUUAAUAUAGUUCUAUAAGAUAUCAUUCUUGCAUUAUGGAUUAAAAGUAGCAGUAGGGAAGUACAUUUUCCUAUACACGUAUAAUAUCUCUCAAGCUAUAACUACAUAUAAACAUUAAUUUGCGGACUAGUUAGCUAACUUUAUUAGCUAAUUAUUUAGCCAGCCUAUUUUAUUCAGAAAAAGGCUGUGAUUUUGUCACCGCCACAAUGUUCGCUGAUUUGGAUUUAAUCGGAACAAUCCAAGACGACGACGAUGUGCCUGAGGAGCCUGAUUCAGAGUCUGAAGACGACGGCGAUAAGCCCAUUGUUCUCGGACGGAAGGGCAAGGCCAAGCACGGAGGCAGUGCGGACUUCAAUGUGGACUUCAGCUUCGGGGAGCGGGAUGGGCUGUACAGCGAGGACUGGGCCAUGGCUGACGUGAUGGCGCAGCUGAAGAAGAGGAAAGCCCCCACCACGCUGGACGAGAAGAUUGAGAAAGUCAGAAAGAAGCGCAAGACAGAGGAGAAAGCGCAGAAAGCCGGAAAUAUGCCGGAAAACUCACAAACCGACACUAAGGAAGAAGAGAAAUGUGACGGUGAAGAUGAUGAGGAAGAGGAAGAGGAAGAGGAGGAAGCAGAUGAAGAGGCAGGAGACAGCAGUGAAAAUGUCAGCGAGGCAGCAGAAGGGGACAGCGAGGAAGAGGAGGAUGAAUUCUCCGCGGCUGACGAAGAGGUUCUCACCAAAGCAGACACAGUUAGAGAGAAGGACCGGCGGAAAAAGAAGAAUGCUGGAAAUGAGCCUCCAGAAGCCUUUUAUGAAGACGCCUCCAACUACGACGAAAGCCUGAUGUUUCAGGACAUGAACCUGUCCCGACCCCUGCUGAAGGCCAUCACAACCAUGGGCUUUAAGCAGCCCACCCCCAUCCAGAAGGCCUGCGUCCCCGUGGGGCUGCUGGGGAAGGACAUCUGCGCCUGCGCUGCCACCGGCACAGGAAAGACCGCCGCCUUCAUGCUCCCUGUUCUGGAGCGGCUCAUCUACAAGCCCCGGCAGGCCCAGGUGACCCGCGUCCUGGUUCUGGUGCCCACCCGUGAGCUGGGUAUCCAGGUGCACGCUGUGGCCCGUCAGCUGGCCCAGUUCACCAGCAUCACCACCUGCCUGGCUGUGGGCGGUCUGGACCUGAAGACCCAGGAGGCGGCCCUGCGGGCGGGGCCAGACGUGCUGAUCGCCACGCCCGGGCGUCUGAUCGACCACCUGCACAACACGCCGUCCUUCGAGCUCACCCAGGUGGAGGUGCUCAUUCUGGACGAGGCCGACCGGAUGUUGGAUGAGUACUUUGAGGAACAGAUGAAGGAGAUCAUUCGGCUGUGUGCUUACCAGCGCCAGACUAUGCUGUUCUCUGCCACCAUGAGUGAGGAGGUGAAAGACCUGGCCUCGGUGUCUCUGAAGCAGCCGGUGCGGGUGUUUGUGAACAGUAACACAGACGUGGCUCCGUACCUCAGGCAGGAGUUUGUGAGGGUCCGCCCCGCCCGCGAGGGGGACCGAGAGGCCAUCGUCGCUGCCCUCCUCACCAGGACGUUCCAGGACCACGUGAUGCUGUUCACACAGACCAAGAAGCAGGCCCACCGCAUGCACAUCCUGCUGGGCCUGAUGGGGCUGAAGGUGGGGGAGCUGCACGGGAACCUGUCCCAGACCCAGAGGCUGGAGAGCCUCAGGCGUUUCAAAGACGAACAGAUCGACAUCCUGGUGGCUACGGACGUGGCAGCCAGAGGCCUGGACAUCGACGGGGUGAAGACGGUGAUAAACUUCACCAUGCCCAACACGGUGAAGCACUACGUGCACAGGGUGGGCCGGACCGCGCGCGCCGGGAAGGUGGGCCGCUCCGUGUCCCUGGUGGGCGAGACGGAGCGCAAGAUGCUGAAGGACAUCGUCAGGAAGGCCAAGACCCCCGUGAAGGCCCGCGUGCUUCCGCAGGAGGUGAUCCUGAAGUUCCGGGACCGGAUCGUGCGGCUGGAGAAGGACGUGUACGCGGUGAUGCGCUUGGAGAGGGAGGAGAGGGAGAUGGCGCACUCCGAGGCCCAGAUCAGCUCCGCGGAGAAACGUCUCCAGCAGAACAGCGAGGAGCAGAACCUGAAGAGGACCUGGUUCCAGAGCCACGAGGACCGCAAGAAGGACCGCAUGGCAAAGGCUCUCCAGGACUUUGACUUGGCUCUGAGGGGGAAGAAGAAAAGAGCCAAGUUUCUGAAGGACGGGAACAAGAAAGAACUAUCGUCGGAGGAUCGGGCCCAGUUUGAGAUCCUGAAAUCUCAAAUGUAUGCGGAGCGGGCGGCCAAACGGGACCGCAAGCCCAAACGGGCCCGAGCCAUGCCCGAGGACGAGCCCGUACAGAACGAUAAGAAGCAGAAGGGAAGGUCUUCUGGAAAGAAGUCUGUGUUUGACAGGGAGCUGACCAACACCAGCAAGAAAGCCCUGAAACAGUACAGAGCUGGGCCUUCGUUCGAAGACAAGAAGAGGCUGGGGAUUCCCACCCACAAGAAAGGAGGCCGUUUCAAAUCCAAAGCCAAGUUCAGGAGGAAGUAAGAGAGUUCAGAAGUCAAGGACCAGUGAUAUGUCAAAAAGAAGAGGAAUGUUUUAACUGGCUGUCCCAGUGGGACCGGGGUGGGCACCUGACUGAAAAUGUCCGUUCUAUAUUUCUGAAAACUAUUUUGAUUAAAGUGAAAUGGAAAAGAAAACAAAAUGGUCACUUCUUCAGACACCCACACAUAGCUACGUCUCCCCGAAGAUGGUUUUCCAGCAUUCUGUCCUUUGGCAGAUCUCUGUGUUGGAACUAUCCAAGCGAAAGAUAACUUAAAUUUUUGCAGAAAGUUGUUUGUAUCUUAUUCUUACAAAGGCUGUGUUUUGCUCCAUUUACUUUAUCAUUAGCAUGCCAUUGGUAAUUGUGUAAGUCUUGUGAUAUCCAGUGCAAAUUAUUUCAUACGUGUGGUGCGAUUCAACUGACAGCUUUUUAAACGAGGUACGAUGAUGCUGGCUACAAUGGCUGCUAUUU